AUGCCUGGAGGGCGAGGGGCGAAGAAGAGUGGACGCGGUGACGGAGGACGCGGUGAGGCGUCACGCCAGUCGCGUCGUGUUCAAGAUAUGGAGCCUGAGGAGCACAAGGACCUGGAAACAGUCGUCCGCGACGCUCGGAAGGCGAAGAAGGCUGCUCGCGAGAGCGAGGCAGUACAAGGUGGGGACGUCGAGGCGUCUGCAGUCCAAGGUCAGCCUGCUGCUGGAUCGCAAACUCAGGAGGAAGAAGUUUCCCCUGGGCUCCAAGGUUUGACGGAGGUGAAUUCUGGGUCGCGGAUUCCUGAAGUCCCAGAGGAGCACACCCGCGAGGGUGGUGCUCAGGCGUCUGAGGGAGGCGCCAAUGCAGUUGAGCCCCCGGAGGUGAUUGACUUGGUCUCAUCUUCGGAUGAGUCUGUUGUGGAAGUGAAGUCGGAGCCCGUGCGAGCGAAGGAGAAGGCGAAGACUCAGAGUUCCAAGGUGAAUUCUGGGUUCGCACCACCUGAACCCAGAGUUUCAGCGCCAAGUUCGCAAGCGGCACCCAGGAAAACGCCUGAAAGCGACAUCCGGGAAGUUGCUGCGCCUGCUCCGGAAUCGGGAGCAGCGGCGUUGGACGCCGGGAGCAUGGUGCUGUACGUUCGACGUGAAGUUCGACGCUGGGAAGAGGUGAAUCCUGGGAAGGUGACGCCGCCAAGUGUCGUUUAUGAGUGGCCGACUCCGAAACCAGAUGCCAACUCGUACUUCGCGGCCGCGUACGCAACGGGAAACUACCUCAAGUGGCGUUUGUCUCUGGAGAAUCAAGAUGAAGCCUGGAUCUCUGAGUUUCACCUCGCCCGGUGGGGUGUCGGAACUGCUCAGGAUCGCAUGGCGACUACGAUUCCCCAGAGUAUCAUGACCACCCGCGAGUGCGUCGCCAUUCUGCAGACUCUGUUCUUCGAAGCCGGAUUUGAGUUUGUCAAUUUGAUCCCUGGCUGGUCUUCGACGCGUGCUUCCAGGAUUCCAGAAAGUCUGGUAAACUCUGAAGAUCACGCCGCACCAAGCGCCCAAGAGCAAGCACCAAGAUUGGACUACCACAAGGAAGAUGGAGACGGUGAUCUAUUGAUGACGGACUACGAUGCGGAUCUACUGGGCCGACAGUUUGUCCUGAGAUUCAGAGUCACUGGACUCAGGAUUUCACGGAGCCCACGAGGGUCGAGUGAUGGUGAGCCACGAUCCAAGCGUACUCAGCAUGGACCGCCUCGGCCACAAGUCCCGUCAACGCCAUCCGCGCUGUCUACACCGUCGCUGUCCUCUCUUCCAGCGUACAAGUCUUCGACUGGUGCAUCGCUUCAGAAUUCCACUCCCCUGAAUUCCAUGUCCAAUGGACGUGAUUCUCUGGAGGCGGAAGCCAAGGACGCUACCCCAGGCGCGGUGCCAAGUGUCAUCGGUACCUCGCGCGCUUCGGAUGAGAGUACUGCCUCGGGCGUUCAAACGUCUUAUGGUAGCUCUUCGUCUUCGUCGAUGAUGUCGCUUGGACAACGAGUUGGAGCUCUAGCGCUUGUGGCCCAGAGUGCCGGUGGCUUUGCAGCUGGCGGUGGUCUUGGAUUUCAGGUCACCCGGACAGUCAUCCCGUCGCGUAUUGUGUCAGUCGACCAAGAUGACGUUGAGAUGGCAUCGUCGGUGCACUCUGACCCAGAGAUCGCACCCAGGAAGGCCGGUCUCUCCAGGAUUUCAGCCACGACUUCCGAGCCGAAACUCAGGGUUUCUGCCCCGAUUGCUGGAUUUGGUGGUCCAAGGGAUGUCAGCGCCGAUGAGCGGAGUCAACACCAGAGAUCUAAGAGCGAGGUGCGCUCUCGACGCUCGACAAAAUCCAGAAAAUCAUCUGCGUCGAGCCGCUCGAGUGGAUCCAGGAAUCUUGGAUCAGUUUCGUCCGUGUCCGCGAGGUCUGGGCCCGCCCAAAUCGAGCUGAACGUCUUGCGACAACAGCAGGAGUGGCAGGCCCGCAUGGAACAGGAGCAACGCGAGUUUCUCGCCAGAGAACGCCUGGAUGCCUUGGAGCGCGAGCGCCUCAGGGAACAGCGUGACCUGGACGCGCGUCGCCAGAUCCAGGAAUUUACGGAUCGCUUGGUCCACGCUGAGAUCGCCCGAGGAGAAGCGGAACGGCGGGCGCAGGACGUGGAGGAUCGUCAGACCCAGAGUUCCACUGAAACUCAGGGGAUGACCCAGAGUAUCACGGAAGCUGUACGUCUUGAGCGUGAGCGCCUGGAUGCCGCCUACGCCGAGCGCUGGCAACAGCACGAAGCCGAAGCCGACUCGGAGCGCGCGCGCUAG